AUGAAUGUUUCCCACCACAGAUCAAAAGUGGCGGCAGCUAUAUAUGCCAUGACUCUUCCUCGGUGCGUGGUACGAGCACAAGUAUCCCAAGAUGUGGUCAAACUGCAGCCCUCUCUUGUUCGUCGCGCUCCUCAGGAUCGUAACCCGAACUAUCCACUCGAUGUUGUCGACAAGCUAGAAGAGGCCACGAUGCCCAAGGUCGAGGCUUGGCUGGAACAAAAGAUUGCUGCCGGCAAGAACAAUGAAUGUACGAUGGAGAAUGCGUCAGUGUCCCAUCUCACUGACACACGUGGCAGGAGUGAUCUUUCCGAGGAACAGAGACAGGAAUAUGUGGCGGCGGUGAAGUGUUUGAUGAAGUUACCGCCAAAGUCAGACAAAACCAGAUUCCCUGGAGCGAUGAAUCGGUUUGAUGACUUUGUGGCCUACCACAUGACGCACGCUAUGGAGCUUCACAGCAACUACUACCUUUUCGGCGCUCACAAGUAUUAUGUCUAUCUAUACGAGCAGGCCCUUCGUGAAGAGUGUGGCUAUACCGGCUACCAGCCCUAUAUGAACUACGACCGCUACUCAGAUGACCCAAUCCACUCACCGUUGCUCAACGGGAAUGCAUCUAGCAUGGGGGGCAACGGCGAACCAGAUCCACGAUACAAGGGUGUUCAGCAACCGGGGCGAACACCGAACAUUAUCAAGUCUGGCGGCGGAGGCGGCUGCGUCACCGAAGGGCCAUUCUCAGACAUGGUGGUGAGCCUGGGGCCGACCUCGAUGUCAACGGCGCUUGACCUGGUGCCCAAGAACCCCAGAUCAGACGGGACAGGUGCUAACCCACGAUGCUUGCGGCGCGACGUCAACCGCAAUGCGGCAAUGGGUGCCACGGCUGAUCGCGCGCUCAGCCUGAUCAACGACAACAACGAGAUGAACGGCUUCUACAACCAGCUGCUAGGCACGCCGGUGCCCAAGAACGACUCGUUCCCCUGGGGAAUCCACACAGCAGGCCACUACGUCGCUGCGGUGGACCCGGGCGGUGAUGCCAUGACAUCGCCCGGGGAUCCCAUCUUCUACUUCCACCAUGCCGCGCUGGACCGGCUGUGGUGGAUCUGGCAGAUGCAGGACGCAGACAAACGCCUCAAUGCGAUCCCCACGGUGACGAUGCCGCCGAUGCCCAUGGCGCGGCGGGCGGACCCCAUGAAUAUGACGGUGGAUAUGGCGUGGCUUGGGCCCGAGAUCCCGCUCCUCGAGACUCACGACCAGCUGGGAGGAAAUGGUGGAGCGUUCUGCUACAUUUAUGUCUAG